CCUGGCGGUGGCUCUAUGCUGAAGAACGGGUGGGGACACCCCAGCAGUGACCUCAUGCUAGCCCCUUCCCCCUCCCUCCAGCAGCAUGUGCUGAUUGGCCACCAGCUGUCUCUGGCCACCUGUCGCUGUCUGUCGCGGGGCCACCCUCCCCAUACUCCAUCCUGCCCGCAAGGCCCAGCACAGCGGUGUCUGUCGGUCUGGCCCCCCUGUGGCUCCAACGUUUCCAUGACAACCAGGGCCCUGGAGGAGCUGGAUGGAGGCCUGGGCAGCUGCCUGGGUGCUGAGGACACAUCUGCGCUGGCUGAGCCCUGCUUGGGCCAGCCCCAGGAGGACCAGGCCCGAGCGACACCCCGACUGGCCGACUCCAGCAGCUGGUGCCCCGACUCUCAGGAGCCGGUGGUUGAAGGAGGCCCAGCAGGCGGUGCAAAUGCCAGGCCCAAGAAGAUGGAAAAAGAGUCUGCGGCCCGGGUGGCGCCCGGACCGGGGAGGGAGAGGCUGAAGGCUGGAGCCAAUCCCCGCGGCGCCCCCGUGCGCAAAAAGGCGCAGAGCGCGCCGCCGCCUCCGCCGCCGCCGCCGAGCGAGGGACUGCCCUGGGGACACGUGUCACUCAACAAGUGCCUGGUGCUUGCCUCGCUGGUGGCGCUGCUGGGCUCGGCUUUCCAGCUGUGCCGGGGUGAGCCCGGGGCCCCCAGGGACGCCUCCUCUUGCUGGGGGCGCCCCUUCCAAUCCUUUGUGAUCGGAAAAAGGGAGGUCGAGGGAGCCCCGGAGACCUUAGCCCAGCCUCAGCGUAGCCGGCGGAGACUCAGUCCCUCUGUCCGGAGGAGGGGAACCCCAGGGGCAAGCGGGGAUGGACUGCGCGGUUGGUCCCUCAGCCCGGUCCGACUCCCGUCCGCACCCCCAGACGCGGUGGCUGGGGAGGCGACCGUCCCCGCGCCUGCCCCUGAGCCGUGGGCUCAGCCAAGCUCCUCCCUGCAGCAGCCGGCGUCGCCCCUGCCAAAGCCCCCGGCCUGGGCGCCCCCAUCAAGGCUGCCCGCUCCCCAGGAGAAAAGGGACAGGCCCGAGGUCCCCGGGAGCCCAGAGGCUGCAGAAAAGGACCAGCGGGAGCCUGGGGAGGCCACCGGGGAGGACCGCGAGCCCCUCGCCGACCGAGGGCCCAAGGAGAGGCCACGGAAGGAGAGGAGGCCACGGGACAGGCCACGGAAGGAGAGGCCACGGAAGGAGAGAUCACAGGAGAGGCCACGGCAGAGGCCGCGGGCUGCCGGGGAGGUACGCGAAGGCGGCCGUCGGUCCAGAGGCCCCGCGCACGGGAAGGAGCAGGCCUGGGUCUCCCCGCGGCGCCCCGACGAGCAGGACCGGCCUCCGGGCCGCCAGAAGCACCGCACAGGCAAGGGGCGGGACUGAGGCGGGCCUGGGUUCGGCGCACGGAUGCGGGGACCCCUUCCCCAGUCUCCACAGUGGCCCCGCGGCUCCAGGAGAAUAAAGCGAGUGCUGCGGC